GCGAGAGGGUGGAGCUGAGAUGGAGUGAACGGGGUCGGAGUGAGCAGGUGGACAGCGCUGGUGGAAGAGGGAAUCUCACCGACAUCACCACCACGGAGGAACAGAAGGAGCAGGAAGCAAGCAAGGUGGUGGACUCUGAAGGGGUUUCAAUGGAUGCUCAAGUGGAAAAAGAGAGAGGAGAUGAGGAGAAGGAAGGUGGGCAAAGCCCGUCUAUCCUCUCUCCACAGCUAAAAGCCAUGAUGCGGAUCAAGAAGAAGUACCUGAAGAGAUCUAAUUCAGUCAGAAUGAUCCCUAAUUCGGCUGUGUCUGAUGGGAGUUUGCACCCUAAGUGUCCCCAGACCAGGAAGUCCAAGCGCAGGAAGUCCCGUGUGCUGUUCCCAAACGACACUUUAAUAUACAAGCCAAAGAAAGAGCGCAGCGGAGCCAAACCUUUCCUGCUGCUCUUUAGCGUGAUCGUCUUCAUCCAGGUCUACAACGCUAUUGAGAAUCUGGACGACCAUGUGUUGAAGUACGAUCUGGAGGGUUUGGAGAGGUCUCUGCACAGGGAGGUGUUUGGUCAGCCAGAGGCGCUAGAGGGGCUGAUGGAGCAUCUGAACGACUACCUGUCCACUUACGCCCACCAGCAACCCCUCGCCCUGUCUUUGCAUGGGGCGUCAGGAGUCGGGAAGAGCCACUUGGGUCGCCUGCUGGCACGCCACUUCCGCUCCGUGGUUGACGACAAGCUAGUAGUGCAUUAUUUAUCCAAACACCACUGCCCCCUUCAGGACGCGCCACAGCACUGCGCCACUAAACUAGCUAAGCGCAUAUCAGAGGUAGUAACUCGAGCCGAGGAAGAGGAGCAGAUUCCAUUCUUCAUCCUGGACGAGGUGGAACUGAUGCCUCCUCCGCUGCUGGACAUCCUGCAGACGUUUCUUCAGUCCAAUCAGACCAAUGAGUUUCUGAACGUGGUUUACGUUUUUCUCAGCAGUCUGGGGCAAAGGGAGAUCACAGCUCACGUUCUUCAAAACGCCUCCACGGCCGGGGCCCAUAAACUGCUCCGACGGGCACUGUCUCUCAUUCAUCCCCUGUGGACGGAGCCCGCGGUCGAACUCGUCCCCCUUUCCCUGCUGGAGCGGGAACACGUCAUACAGUGCUUUCUAGAGGAAAUGACCCUUGAAGGGUUUUACCCCGACAUCAGUCAUGUAGAGAGACUGGCGGAUGAACUGGCCUAUCACACUGCAGCUGGAAGACUGUAUGCAAAAACUGGAUGCAGACAAGUAGUGGGAAAAGUAAACCUGCUUUGAGAGAGCUCUAGAAAAUGUGCACUUUUUCCAUUAUUCAGCUAUUUUCAGCAAUCAUAUUUUAGCGACAUACACUACACCAAAAUACUGCUUCGAUUCAGCAAGGAUGCACUAAAUUGAUGAAGAGUGACAGUGAAGAUGUUUAUAAUGUUUUAAAAUAGUUCUAGUUUACAUAAAUGCUCCUCUUUUUAAGUGUCCUCUCAACAAAGAAUGCUAAAAUAAAUGUCACAUCUUCCACAAAAUAUUAAUCAGCACAACUGUUUUCAACAUUGAUUAUAAAAGUGCAGCAUUGAUUUCUGAAGGAUUAUGUGACACUGAAGACUGAAGUAAUGCACAAACUUGAGAGAUAUAAUCUUGUCUUUUUUUGUAUAAGUUUUAAAUGUUUGUUUUUUUAUAUUGUAUUUAUUAUAUUGAUGAAUUAUUAAUCUAUACAAGUAUCUGAUGUAAGGCUGAUAUGACAAUAAAUGUAAUAUCAAUAUCAACCUAAUUAAUAGCUGCUGAUUCAGCUUUGCAUCACAAGAAUGAAUUACAUUUUUAUAUAUAUUUAUAUUUUUUUAAAUGCAGUAACAUUACACAGCAGCGAAGUUCAAGUUGUGGCACUUAAAUUGUUGUGUAAAAUAUUGCUUUUUGUGUUUUGAAAAAUUGUAUUAUGUAUAAUUUGUGUCUUUUUAUAAAGCAUUUCUAAAAAUAAAUAUAUUUGUAAGGAAUAUUUGGUAGAAUGAAAGUAUCUUCAAAGAAUGUUCAGUACAGGUACUUACAAUAUUUGAGUCAAAUUUUGAUUUCCAUAUAGAAAAGAUGGUUCUGCAUUUUCAUCAUAACAGUUUAUCAUAUCAUAGUCUGUAGCUAUGAAUUUUAAAUGUAAAAAAUAUUUAAAUUGAGUUAAAUUGAGUUAUACCGUAUAUAGAAGCAUAUGAAACUGCAUCAACUGUCUGUGUUUGACAGCCAUGUGUUUGUGGCUGUUUUUGCUUGCUUCUUUGGGUUUGCUUCCUCUGCUGUGAUUGGCAGGUUGGUCUCGAUUUCACCCUUGUGUGUAUAUGUGUGUGAGAGACAGAAGCCUGGUUACCGCCACAAAUCAUUUUGGAUCCCAAUUACAAAGCCCAUACCUGCCUACAGCCCUCUGUCUGAGAAUGCUGAACAUAACAAGAUUGACUUUUAAUCACUGUGAGAGACAGCUGAAAAGCGUAUGUCACGCGAGGAUCACCACACAUGCACGCUUUCCAUGUGAAAUUAAUUUGUUUAAAUAUUCAUGGAUUUUCCACUGUGCAAAAGUAUUUUUAACAGUCUUUAACUUUUUCGUUGUUAUGUUUCACACUGUUCAUAUUAGCCUGUUUUUAAGACUAAUCUAUAGGUUUAGCAAUGGCACCACAAUUCUGUGUAACCCAGGGUUACAUUUGUGCUAAAUUAACACGUGCUCGUUUCUGAAGCAUCAUUUUAGCAAUUAUUUCGCAUAAUUUUGUCAGUUUAGUCUGUCUGGUUCAAUAAAUGAAUAUAAAACUCUU